AGGAGGUCGCUCUUGCAUGGCUUGGCAACGAUGCGAGAGCCAAAGAUGGAGCGAGGCGGGGUCAUUGGUUCCGCAGAGGGACACUAUAAUUGCUUGACCGCCCGGAGACCUUCCGGUUUGGGACUGAACAUGUCCCUCGUGGAGCGUCUUGGACGUGGACGCGCACGGUCCAAGCUACUAGCGCGCUUCCAAUCCCAAGACCGAAAAGUUAACGAACGCGACAGCAACAACCACCAACACGCCAAUCCCGCAACCAUGCUCUGCGCAAUCUCUGGCGAAGCUCCCCGCGAACCCGUUGCCUCGCGCAAAUCGGGCAACGUCUUCGAAAAGCGCCUCAUCGAAGCCCACAUCUCAGAACACCACACCGACCCCGUUACUGGCGAGGAUCUCGCGACGGAGGACCUCAUCGAGCUCAAGUCACCCAAUGUCGUCACUCCGCGCGCGCCCAACUUCACCUCGAUACCGGCCAUGCUUAGUGCCUUCCAGAAUGAGUGGGAUGCGCUGGUUCUGGAGACGCAUACGCUCAAGCAGCACUUGGCGCAAACGAGGCAGGAGCUGAGUACUGCGCUGUACCAGAACGAUGCGGCGACGAGGGUGAUUGCGCGGAUAUCCAAGGAGAGAGAUGAGGCGCGCGAGGCAUUGUCCAACGUCACCAUCAGUGGAGGCGGCCAGGGCGAUGCCAUGCAGGUGGACGGCCAGGGCCUGCCUCAGCAGCUUGUAGCUCUUGUGGAAGAGACACAGCAAACACUCUUUGGCACCCGACGAAAGCGACCUGUGCCGGCAGACUGGACCUCUGGGGACGCCAUCUCCAACUACGACAUUGCCAAGACGACCGAUUCCCUAUACCCAGGCAGCAGCAAGAUCGCGGUCAACGAGGCACAGAACGUGCUGUUCGGUGGAGCGGAUGGCACCGCUGGUGUCUACUCAUUGACCCAGGGCAAGGUUCUGGAGACAUUCAAUGCAGGCAGCGCAGUCACAUCGGUGGCAUGGUGGGGAGAGCGCGCGCUUGUCGGAACAUCGGCAGGUACAGUCAAGGUAUUCUCCACUGGGGAUGACGUUGCGCAGAUAGGAUCUCACGCCGGAGCUGUUACGUCCAUGUCCGUACACCCCAGCGGCAAGAUGCUCGCAACCGCCGGCGCCGACAAGCGAUACGCCAUCCACGAACUCACAACCUUCAAGACGGUCUCGCAAGUCUACGUCGAAGCCGAAAUCACAUGCGUCUCGUUCCACGUAGACGGCAUGCUCUUCUUCAUCGGAAGCUCCGACGGCAACAUCCGCAUCUACGACAUCAAGACGGGCACACAAAUGGCCGAACUCGCAACAUCGGCUCCCGUCGUCGAUCUCAAGUUUUCUGAGAACGGAACUUGGUUCGCCGUCGUACAGGAAAACUCGUCCAGUGUCGCGAUUUGGGACAUCAGGAAACAGGCUGCCAUCCACACGCUUGAGUCUGGCAGCCCGGUCAAUAGCGUUAGCUGGGAUUACACUGGCCAGUUCUUGGCAAUUGGUGGAACUGGCAGUGUUUCGGUGCAGCAGUACACCAAGGCGACAAAGAGCUGGGCUGAGCUUGUCAGGAAGGCAGCGCCAGCAAAGGAUGUCGCUUGGGGUGGCAGGGCCGAGAAUGUUGUGGCGCUGACUACCGAGGGUGGUUUGGCAAUGUCCAAUGUUCCCAGCGCCACCACAGUUUCGCCGAAGUCAGCACCCCAAGACACCAGACGGGCCCAACCCUCGCUCAACCUCAGCUCGGUGCUGUUGUUCCCGGCUGCGACACCACCCACAUCCACCCACGGCCGCACACUCUCCCUCACAUCCGGCAUGGAAGGAGAAGCACUGCCUUUUGGGUAUACGCACAGACAGCAGAAGCGCUCACAUGCCCAAAUGGACCAAGAGGAAGUUUCUCUCCCGCAUGGCUUGCCUUUCCUCGACAGCAACGACCGCGAAGCUCCUCUGCCAACCCACUACCCCGACAGCGACGACGACCACAUCUAUGUUCCUCCAAGAGAAGACCACGAGGAAGUUUCUCUCCCGCAUGGCUUGCCUUUCCUCGAUAGCAACGACCGCGAAGCUGCACCGCCAACCCACUACCCCGACAGCGACGACGACCAAAUGUAUAUUCCUCCAAACGAAGACCACGAGCCUCUCACACGCUACGAUUUCGGCCUCGGGGCAGCACCCCAUUUCGGCCGCGAAGCAACACCAAGCUUCGAGUCGGCAUUGCGAUCGCACGCCCGGCCGCCCCUUGAGCGCGCUGAUUCCAGCACCAGUGCCGCGCGUUCACGUACAGCCGGCUCGUACCUCUCGCGCGUCGAACACAUGGCGUCUUCAGCUACACGGCGAUUUGCAGGGGAUGGCUUCGAUUACAGACGGCCUGCUGGCUCGGCACAGGGGCUGGGAGCAGUAGCAUCGGUGGACUUGACAGGGGAUGACACGGACGAGGACGAUACCAUUCAUGUGAGGCAGGACGACACCAUUCAUGUGAGGCAGGACGACACCAUCCAUGUGAGGCAGGACAACAAUGUCAUCGAUCUCACGGCCGAUGAUUCGGGAUACGGUGCAAGCCACGACGGCCAGAUACCUCGCCAAGCGCGAGAACAACGACGGGAGAGGGAGAGGCAAAGGGAACAGCAAGAGUCGCAUAGCCAUCGUAAUCGCCGUCACGCGCCUCGCUUACCGCGGGGGAUGGACAUCAUCAUCGACCUGGACAACGGGGACGAAGAGUGGAAUGUCGAUGCACCAGCACCAGCACCAGGACAAGCGCCGAGUUCACCAGAGAUUGAAUUCAUAUCCUCCCGCACCAUACCGGGCGGCCGCCGCCCCCGUGUCCCUCUCUCUCCUCCCCUUCUCUCUCCUCGCCUGCCCAACGGCCUUCCCAUCAUCAAUGGCCUCCCCCGCGACAACUCAGAUGGCGAUGAAGAGGUGGAAUUUCUCCGCGCAAACGCCCUCCCCGAGCACGAGCAACGCCGUCGCCAAGCAAACGAGCAAAUGGACAAUGUCCUCGACCUCAUCACACUCAACGGGCGCUUCACACACCUCCGCGCACAGAUCGAACGGUUCCACGACCAGGUCAAUCGGACGAGAACGCAGUUUGGGAACCAACAGGAGCCUGUGGCGCCUUCGAGGAGCGCGUCGAGGGGACGUGCACCGCAUAUCAGAGUCGGAGUUGGCGCUUUCAUGGCGCCCGUCAUGGACUUUGAGAUGGUGGGUUUCGAAAUUGGUCCUCGUGGGGGCAGGGAGGCUCCGCCUCCACCACCGACAUAUACUGCGCCGCCAAAGGCACCUGAGGGUUUCACGAGGAGUCCUGAAGAGGACGGGGGUGCGCUGGUGUGUCCCAAUUGCGAGGACGAGCUGUGUGUUGGAGGAGACGAGACAAAGAGACAGGUGUGGAUUGUCAAGGGAUGCGGCCACGUUUACUGCGGCGAAUGCACGACCAACCGAUUUCUGAAGCGCAGCGCAAAGGGCAAGGAGAGAACGGCGAAUACGCUUCCUUUCAAGACUUGCGUAGUUGAUGGCUGCGACAAGAAUGUGACGCACAAGAAGAGCAUGAUUCAGGUCUUUUUGUAA